AGGCCAGGCACAGUCGUCGCUGGCACUCACACACGAGUGCCUUAGCUUCCUUAACUUCCUCACUUAUCAGAGGACCGACCUGAGAAUCACCAUGGUCUCCAAGACGGUCAUCGCCCUGUGGCUCCUGGCCGCCUCCUGUGUUGUCACCAUGGCCAGCCCCGCACCCAGUGGUGGAUAUGGUGGAGGAGGACAUGGUGGUGGGGGUGGUGGAUAUGGUGGAGGAGGACAUGGUGGUGGGGGUGGAUAUGGUGGUGGUGGAUAUGGUGGCGGUCGCCGCAGUGGAUAUGGCGGCGGUGGAUAUGGAGGCGGCGGUCGCGGCGGUGGAUAUGGAGGCGGCGGAUAUGGUGGUGGUGGAUAUGGAGGCGGCGGCCGCGGCGGUGGAUAUGGUGGCGGUGGUGGUGGUGGAUAUGGCGGUGGUGGAUAUGGCGGUGGUGGAUAUGGCGGCGGAGGCUAUGGUGGUGGUGGGUAUGGUGGUUACGGGAAGUAA